AUGUCGAAUCGAGCCCUUGCCCGAGAUAUGCAGGUUGAAUUUCAGGCUAGGUUCCAAGCGAAACAGGCCCGGCGGGAAGCACAAAAGGCGGCCAAACAGGACCCCAUCCUAAAGAAACAAAUUCAAGAUUUGCUGAAGAAAGGAGAAACGGCCAAGGCAUAUCAGAAGGCCAAGAUGCUCCUGUCCAAGCAGGCCUUGGCUCAGCAAAUGGACCAGAUGGCAGAUAUGGCCGAGCUUUCUGCCGCCCAGAUACAGGCUAACAACUCGAUGAACCGCAUGACACACAUGAUGGGCCAGUCAUCUCGUACCAUGUCCAUGGCACAGAAGAAUAUGAAUCCCGAGAAGACCCUCGUUACCCUCGAGCAAUUCAAGCAACAAAACGAAGAGUACGCCGUAUCGAAUGGCAUCUACCAAGACGCCAUCUCGCAAUCCACAAGUGCGCAAGUCUCCGACGAUGCCGUCCACGAGCUCCUGGGCAAGUUGGCCGACGAUGCAGGCGUGCAGCUUAAUGCGGAGCUGAAUAGUGCAACACCUGCCAAAGAAGAGCUUGUUUCAAAUGAACCCACCGCCGAGGAGGAGGAUGCUUUGCAGCAGAGGUUGCGUGCUUUGAGGGCUUAA